AUGUUUGUGUAUAAAGUGACCGUGGGUCUGUUGGCCCUGCUGCUGCUCUGUUCUGGAGAGGAGGUGAGAGACAUGCAUGACCCGCUUGCUGAUCUGUCUGUGGGAGAGCGGCUCGAGAGGGUGAACAGUAACACCAUUCGUAGUGGAGAUAAACCUGAGCUGAUUGAAGGAGACAUUGCUGUUGCUGGCGAUAAUGGGAAAAACGCUGAUCCCUGCACCUCCUCCCGUUGCAAGUGGCCAAAGUCGGCCGAUGGCAAUGUCUACAUACCCUACGUGAUCGCCGAUGUAUACAAUGAUGAUCAGCGGAACGAUAUCCAGAAAGGCCUGGACUCUUUCAACAACACCUGUAUCCGUUUUAUUCAACGCUCCAAUCAGAAGGAUUAUAUCAGCAUUGAGUCUAUCAACGGAUGCUGGUCUUACGUUGGACGUCAAGGUAAUAAGCAGGCCCUGUCCUUGGAACAUAACGGCUGUGUCUACUUUCAUACCAUUCAGCAUGAGCUUCUUCAUGCUCUGGGCUUUCAUCAUGAACAGACCCGCAGCGACCGAGACAGCUACAUCGUUAUUGUCUGGGAGAACAUUGAGGAGGACAAGAAGUACAACUUCAACAAGACGGACACUCUCAACCAGAAUACACCUUACGACUACAACUCCGUCAUGCAAUACCACAAAACUGCUUUCUCUAAGAAUGAUAAGCCCACGAUGAUCCCCAUCCCUAACCCCAAUGUGACCCUCGGAACGGCUACUGAAAUGAGCCCAAAUGACAUCCUCAGAAUCAAGAGACUCUACAACUGCUGUGAGUAG